AUGGACAGCAUUGUGAUCUCGGACGACGACGAUGAAGAAGCGUCCACAUCUGCCUCCGGCGUGUCUGUUCCCACGCCACGAACUGCCAGCCGCAAACCCCGUGAAGAAUCAGCUGCCGCUCCGACGCACAUCACGCGCAGUCUCCGUUACGCCUCCGCGAAGAAGGAUGUUCAUGUCCUGCAGUUUGUGGAGCAUUGCUCUAAACACUCUCAAGACCAUCCCGAGGUCGUGACCUACCUCCAGAGCAGAUACUCAAAGGCGCUGCCGACCUUCCUGACGUCGGUGGAGUUUCGUAACACUCUGGGCCGCUGCCUCACACGCAGCCCAGGCCAACACCGGCAAAACCUUCUGUCUACAUCAAUGAACUCUGCACCGUUCUCAAACAGCACACGGCUCGAAGAGGAGCUCCAUACAGCCCGUGCCUCCCAGACGAAACCUGAGCAGAAGAGCAACGGCACAAACAUACAGGAGCAGGAGCGGCUUAAAGAAGAAGAGGAGAAACGAGAGGAUGAAGAGAAACGAAGAAAACCAAAAGGGCUUCUUGAGGAGACAGAUAGCAUACCUGGAAAACCUGUUGAAGGUGUACAACGAGAGAUCCGGCGGCUUCAGGAGCGAGAGUUGAGCGCCGACGAUCUGGAGAAAGAGGACUCCAGUUACAUUCAGGAGCACAAGCUCAAACGCAAGAUGAUGAAGAUCUAUGACAAACUGUGUGAGCUGAAGGGCUGUAACACACUUACGGGUCGAGUGAUCGAGCAGAAGAUUCCUUACAAUGAUAAACCAAGCUCUUACGAUAUAAAGAUCGAACGCUACAUUAACAGUCCAGAAGCUCUUCACAACCCGCCGGACUACACCGAUAUCCUGAAGGUGGUUCAGCGCACUAACGAACGCUACAAACUCAUCCUCACUCGCAAACAGACCACACAGAUCGCUCAAGAAGCCUUCAGAGAGACGGGCAACAAACUCCAGGAGAGACGCCAUCUGGACAUGGUCUACAACUUCGGCUCCCAUCUCACCGAUUCCUUCAAACCCAGUAAUUCAAUUCGGUUACGCUCCAUCUCAGAUACAGAACCGUUAGACCCCGCUCUCACUGAUCCAACACUAAACCGCAAACUCCGCUCAAACAGAGACGUGGCUCUGAGCAGCCUGGAGGAGGUGAUCACCAAAUACGCUAUUAAACAGGAAGACAUAGAGGUUUUAGAGGAAAUGAGGAAGAGACAAGAGAGAGACAGACAGAAAAAGGAUGACGAUGAAGAGGAUGUGGAAGAGGAGCCGUUGAACAACAGUGACAAUGACCAGCCGAUGGAUGAGAACUCUCCUCCCUCGAUCAAAUCAUCCGCCCAGGACACGGAGGAGGACCAGGGAGAUGAAGACCAGCGCUCUCCGGCCAGCAGCACACACGAGACGGAAACUAACACGAACCACGUGGCCGUGGAGCAAAGCCCUCCGUUCAUACAGACCUCAGAUCUUAUGCCUAUCGGAUGGCGGAGCUCAGCUUCCUCCGAUCACAGUAAAAGCGACACCGCCGAGACGGUCUCCACCAAUCAGGACGCUCCGUCAGCCACGAUGAGAUCAGCCAACUGCAGCCCGCUACCUCAAACGAGCCCUCUGCUGAUCGACGAGAUGGGCAACUACAAGAAGAGGAAACGGUCCUCCGCCGAACACCGGACCACUGCCUCCAACGGGGACUGCACACAGGACAGUGAUAUUCCUCUGGAUAUGGGUGUGAUCUUCUGUCCUGAGGAGGAUGAUGUGCCCAGGACGAUGACUUCCUCUCAGCUCAUGGUCAGAAGCUCACGAUCCACGCCACCACCCAAGAGGAAUAAGGUGAACGUGGCGACUCAGUGCGACCGGAGGAAGUGA